ACGCGUCAAAAUAAGACAAGAUAAUAACAAAGUGUAUAGAUAGAUAUCCUAAUGAGGCGGUGUGAGCUGAUCACUUAAAUGCUUUGACCGAGUGAGACACUGCAUUUAACAAGUUGUGGCAUGUCUGUGCACUGCUGAGAAUAACAGUCCACACUGUUGUUUUGUGCUUUGUAUUUAUUGUGCAUGCUCUUAUUGAACUGGACGCAACAGCGGAGCCUUAUGACAUUACGCACAGACCAGGAGCGGGGCUGCUAAUGGGCGGCAUAGGUGGCAACCUUUACCUCAGCAUGUUGAAUGGGACUGAAACGCAAACUUUCGGAAAGAGCACGGACAUCGGCAGUCACCUCCACCGCGGCGGCAAGGAUCUAGCAGAGUUUAAAAUGGGGAUCCAGGACGCCAGGUUUUACUACCCAGACUCUGUUCAGAGCGGGCAGGACGCCCUGGCUCUGCCGUACCACUCGGAGCAGGCGGUGGGAGGGUACGGAGCGCAACCGGGCAGGUUUUACGCACAGCCCCUCGGUAGUUGCCCGUACGGCGGGGUGCGCUCGCCGCCAAGAAGCGGAGCCGUGCAGGGGUACAUCUCCGUGGCGGGAGACGGGUUUUCUACAGCCGGUAAAGACUUGUACUCUCCUUCCCCGGAGAACUACACGGCCAGCUUUCAGCACGGCUACCAGCGGCCGUCUCUCUACCCUUUACCUGGGCUACAGGUGUGCGGGAAGACCCAGGCUCUGCUCAAUAACUACCCGCUAUGGGCCAAGUUCCACAAGUUCCAAACCGAGAUGAUAAUCACCAAACAGGGGAGGAGGAUGUUCCCCUUCCUGAGCUUCAACAUCAGUCUUCUGGACCCGUCUGCUCACUAUAACGUCUCCGUGGACGUGGUUCUGGCGGAUCAGCACCACUGGAGGUACCAGGGCGGCAAGUGGGUCCAGUGUGGGAAAGCGGAGGGCAACAUGCCAGGAAACCGGAUGUACACGCACCCUGACUCUCCCAACACAGGAGCUCACUGGAUGAGACAGGAAGUGUCCUUCAGCAAACUCAAGCUCACCAACAACAAGGGCAGCACCAAUAAUGUUGGACAGAUGAUCGUGCUCCAGUCGCUCCAUAAGUACCAGCCUCGCCUUCACAUCGUGGAGGUGAAGGAGGACGGCUCUGAAGACCCCUUCCUCUCAUCCAAAACUCAGACCUUCAUCUUCCCCGAGAAUCAGUUCAUCGCUGUCACCGCUUAUCAAAAUGCAGAUAUCACUCAGCUGAAAAUAGACCAUAACCCCUUCGCUAAAGGUUUCCGCGACAAUUACGACACGCUGUAUGCUCCUCCCGACUCUGAUCGCCUCACCCCCUCCCCUACUGAGACCCAGCAGCUGCUGCCAGGGAGCUGCUACCCCCAAGGCUACCUCUCUGAGCAGUACAUGAGCCCUCUUCCUCAGAGCCGCUUCUACGGCCGCGAGCCCCUCGGUAUGGGCCAGCAGCACAAAGACCCGUCCUCCAGCCCGGGUCCUCACAGCCGCUGGUACCUACCGCCUCAGCAGGGUGUGGCCACCAAUCGUCUCGACUUCACUUCCUCCUACGAGGGGGACUUCUCUGGAAAUGGGUUCUACAAACCCUUCCCCUUGCAGACUUCCGCUCACCAUGCCCUCAGCUACUACCCAGACCUCCCUUUUGCAUCUACGAGCGUGUCUGUAUCAGGAGCCACUCCGGCGGGCUGGACCACCAGCCGGCCCACCAGCCGGCCCACCCCUCAGUACCUCAGCCACCAGAGUAAGCCCGGCCCCAGCCUGGGCUGGUUCAGACCCAUAUCGUCCUCAUCAUCGUCCUCAUCUUCUUCUACGUCGCCUGGCAACCCCAGACUGCACCCGCCCUCGCUCCUGGAGUCUCUGCAGCCAGCCCUGCUGCAGGACAAGCCCAAAGACACUGUGGAGGUGGUGUCCGAGGACCCCUGGCUGGAGCCGCCCUCUGUGAAAUCAGCGGCCUCGGCCGACUCGGGCCUUUAUGAGGGCGGAGUGGGCGACAACAAGAAGAGAAGGGUGUCGCCGUACACUUCCAGCACUGAAAACUCCCCACCUCCGCGCAGUGGGGAGGUCUGCGAGAAGGACAGCAACAGUGAUGCAGACUACUAUGGCUACUACACUCACUGAAGACCUCCCAGGGCUGCCCACACCGCCCUCAUGAACAUGCACUGGUCUGAUGAAGGGCUGGAACAGACAAACACCAGAGUCCCCCCUCAAAAGUGUCAGAUGAUAACAGGAAAAACUUUCAAGGUUGCUGUCAAAUUGAACAGAAGUGGAUGUGACUGGGAAACUAGCCUAGAGUCACAUAAACACCAUACAGACAAACAGACCUGUGAUUUAAGCCUUUGAAACAUCUAUAGAUUUUGGGGGGGGGAAAUGAUCUGCAUAUCUACUUGUUGACAGUCGCCUGCAGGUAUUGUCUGUUCUUUCUGCAUCAAACUCUCUCUCGGUCUCUUCUGCUCCAUCUUGUCUCUUCCUUUUUCUCACCCUCAACCUUUCACACAUCCUCUCACAAUAUGCUCACGGUCAUUUCCCGUUAUGAUUCUGAGCAGAAAAUACAUUUCACUCACAGUCUUCUCUGCAAAUCAAUUUGUUUAGUGCAGCGCCCACCAGUGUCCACAGAGAAGAACUGCAGGAUGACAGUGCAGAGGUAAAGAGAACAAUGUCAAGAGAUUAAGAAGAUUUAGCUAGCACAUGUCCUGAAGCCUAAUCUAUGUCAACCCCGCUGAGGUGUGUGUGUGUGUGUGUGUGUGUGUGUGUGUGUGUGUGUGUGUGUGUGUGUGUGUGUGUGUGUGUGUGUGUGUUAAAGCUAAGUAAAUCAGCGACCACAGCGGAAAUAGCAAAUCCUUUCUGUCCAUUUUGAUUCUGAUUCUUUUAACUGAACACAAUCCAAUAUAUCUCACACAGAGACAGAUAAUAUCAAAAUGUUGGUUUAAACUGUAUGAUAAAAUCUCACCUAAAAACGUACAAACAGAUGUAUAAAAAGGAGAAUAAAUAAAUAAUUAUAUAGCUUUGUUUGAGCUGUCGAUUAAUCAGUUAAACUUAAUUACCCCAACAUUUUUUGAUAUUGAAUUAUUUAAGAGAAUAAACAUUCUUUAAUAUGUCACCUGCUUCAAAAGUUAACAGCCGGUUAAAUGGGUGGUAACAUUGGUAUAAUUUUGAACGGAAUUUCUUCAGAUUUUUGUCAAAAAGAUACAUUUAAAGACGACACCCUGGGCAGGAGGAACUUAAUAGAAUUUCACAAGUUUUAAGAUUUGUUAAUCAUUGAUUCAAGCAUGGAAAAGUUAUUUGUUGUUUCUGAAGCAUUCAAGCAUGUAUCAUAGCUAAUGCUUCGAUCAAGGGAAAGAAGGCCUCAAAUAACAAAGGCCUAGCCUCUUACUGUUGUGAAUGAAUCUGGGAAUGCUCUUGUCACCACACACACACACACACACACACACAGACACACACACAAAAAAAUAAAGACCGCAAUCAAUACUAGCAUUGAUGACGACAUAAUUGGAAAACAGUAUUGGCAGACAGAAGUGUGACUGCUUAAAACACACAUGAACUGCACGCACUGUAGAUGAACAUAACCACAGUGUUAUCUCAGCCAGGCCUGAACCUAGUAAUAAUGUGUUCAGUUAUGUGCGUUCAUAUAUCUGUCUAAGGCUGACCCCUCACACAUAUCUGUAUGCUCAAAGACAUCCCAUUGUUCCUUUGAUUAAUAUACUGUAUUUUGAAAUGCAAGUGAACAACAUCCUCUCCAGUUUUGAAAGGCAUUUCCGGCUAGCGGGUAGGCUAAAAACAAUUCUUACCUAGUUGGUUUCAGGGCACAUUUGUUCCAUUGCUGUAGUUGAAAAACUGAAAGGUUAGUUUCAUUUUUUAACCAAAGCAUCUGUUGAUCGAUUCCAUAACCAAAAUGUUAUGAGUAAUUAAAUUUAGGCAGAAUCCUUACGCCAUCUUGACUAUAAAGAUGCUGGGACGGACAAUUGAGUGAGAUUGAACUCGGGAUUAGGAGACAAACCAGAGAUCUUUAGUCACUUUUUUACGUCCGGUUACAUUUAUUUACAACAUCUUAAUCUUCUUUGCUGUAGUGCUGCAAGUCUUCCCAAACCCUUUCUGUACAGUAGUAGCAGAGCAACAGAGCUGCUGUCAAGUCAAAAGUGGGUCAUUCAGAAUGACUACAUGCACCUGUAGGUAAAAGACGAGGCACUGUCACCCAAGACCCACAAUAAACAGGAAGCACAAAGUGACCAGACAGGCACUCUGCAUUUCCCCCCUAGUCUUCGGGCUCAUCAUGUCGUGACACUGGCUGACAAGUGUCCCGGCUCCCAGUCUGGUGACAGAAAUGAGGAGUGAGGCCGCAGUCGGUGCUGAUCAGAGAUCUGCUCCUCAUUCCAGGUGUGUUUGGCCUCAGACAACACUGGAGGCGACAGGCAGACACUCGCUCGGUGCAGUUAAGGGUUACUUUAGUCUUUUCUGAGGGAGAAAUUAAAUCAAAAAUAAAAUCUGCAAGCUUAAAAUACCUAGAAACCGAAAACUCCCGUAAUCUGUUAAUGGCGUAGUAUUGCAGUGUGUCUAUUACUGAGUUGAAUAUAGUUUUUAAAUUACACAUUCACAGUUCUAGGUUAUCAACAAUGGUUUAUCCCAGGUCAAAUGUUUAAUGUUAUGUUUCCCCGAGCCACUAUGUUGAAAUCACUCACCGAUAGCUUAUGGCCUACUGAUGCUAAACUCCUCAAUGCGUCAUCAAGUUUUCCUAAACUUCGACAUUAAUAUCCCCUCAGAGGCUUAAUUUAUUUGUUUACCAUUCAUCUGCAUGUGAAAUAUACAUCCCCCUUCAAUUGUUUGAAGUGUGGAGUGUGUCUACAAUAUUGAAAUCAACCAGACAACAAAACACAAUACUCCUUAAAGAGUUGCUUAAGAUGUUAGCAUGAUGCUACUCACAUGCUAACAAAAAGAACUUGAGCUAGGAUCGUUGUUUAUCUUAUCAUAUGCAGAGGGCAACAGUUAGCCUAACUCAUCAACUCCUGAAAACAAGCUUUAAGCACAAAGUGUCAUUUUUGAGACUCUUAAACAAACAGUACCAAACAUUUAUUUGUGAGCCUAAGAGCAGUCGGUUGGUAAAGUUUUUUUAAGCAGGGCUACCUUUUUUCACCUGUCUUUUUGCUUUAUGCUAAGCUAAGCUAACUGCCUCCUGGUUUACUACAGACUUAAGAAUGUUUAUAAUCUUCUAAUUUCUCAGUAAUACAAAUAGUAAGGUUAUUUGACUUAAUGUGGAGCUAUUCCUUCAAAGCCUUCAUGUUUGACGAAUACAACUUUUCUUCAGUCAAUUUAGAGGCCUUGCGGACUAAGGGGAGUUCAAUUUGUACAUUUGGAACUUGCAUACAAUAUUAUUAAACAUAAUAUAUUUACACUUCACGGAACAAAGGUUAAACUAAUCAAUGAGUUCUUCUGACAGGGAAAUUAUAUGUCAAAUUAAAUGUAGACCUUAAUGUAGGUAAAUAUGCCGAAACAUUCAUGAUUUUAAAUUGUCUUAUUUCUUUGAUAAUCUGAAUAAUUACACCAUUUUACCAACAUUGUGUUUAGUGUCUGGUCACUAUUUGAAGGCAGCCCUUUUGGAUUGGACUCCUACUGACUUCAGCAUUUCUAUAUAUUUAAAAAAUCCUGUGCCCCUGUUUUAAGGUUUCACAUUCAAGCUCUUUUCUUAGCUUUGCUGGUUUUACAUUAACAUUAUAUAAAUACUGUGACUGCAGCACUUGAUCCGAGCACAAUUUUGAUGCAAAAAGGACAAACUGUCUGGCAGUUUAGCCCUUAACCUGAACAUUUAAAUAACAAAGUUAAAUGGCAAUGAUUUUGUCAUUGCUGAUUUUAUGCUGAAAACAGAAUAUAUUGUAAGUUGCUUGUGUAUCGUUUCCAAAAGAUUUACUAUUUAAUGUUUAUGUUGACGUCAAACAGAGGAAAAGGUGACGAUUCUUGAUGUACCUUAUGAAGGUAAACCUAUCGACAAUUCUUGUUUCAAGUGCAAUUAAUAGAAAGUAAAUUAGUUUAGACUUAAUGAUGGCAUUGCAGAAACAUUCAUGUGAUCUCUGGCCUGUGGACGAUGUCAGUUAUUUAUUUUUACGUGCUGUGGUUGGUUGUGUGGUUUUAACUCCUGCACCUACAUGAGUGCAAGAUCUCCCAUCAAACAGCAGAACAAUGCUUUCAGAAGCCUCAGGAACGACCCUUGCUGGAUAUAUCGGCUUUUACAAUCAGCUAUCCCUGAUGUUUAACCCUAAAUACCACCAUUUUCCCAUGAGUCUUUGUUUCCCUCAAACACAUUUCCCUCAGUAAGAGAAAAAGACGGUGUGGGAACUGUAUUUCCAGAGAUUUUACUGUAUAAAAUAGAAAUAGAGGAGUGAAGAAGGGAGACCAGACGAGGUCAAGCAACAAGCAUGUUAUUUUAUUUGUGUGUGAUCCAUGUGCACUGUUCAUGUUGAGGGAGCAAUAAUCCUCCUUCGACUCUUUCAUUGAGCGCUUAUACAUUGCAAAAAUAAGAGAGGAAGAUUCCUGAAUAAGGGAAAAUUGUUAUUUAUUAAAAGGUGGCAUAAUU